AUGGUUCCCACGAGACGAGCUACCCGUUGUGAUAGAAUGCUGAAGAAUGGAUCAGUGCUAGCCAGACCCGGAGGCUCAAGAGUUUUCAAAUGGCCCGUGUCUUAUUUGGCUAACUUGAUCAGACCAAGAAAUUAUGGACAAUGCUAUUGUGAAGUGAGUGCACCGUGUGAGAGACUGGAGAUGGUUGUGGAAGUACAUAGCAAAGCUAACUGGAAUUGGGUGCGAGGAGCCGGUGAUCUGACUUUUGAUUUCUGCAGCGUCAGCCUCCUCCGCAAACAUGAGCAAACUCUAGAUAAGAUUGAUAUUGGAUCGCCUGUCCUACCACCGCCGUUUAACAGCCAAGUUGACACUUAUCUAAGCUUGGAUCUUAAGAGACAAGUUGUUGAGAAGACCCUGUGCAAGCGAGCGAGCACCUACCUACUACCUAUCUGCACUUACUGUCAGGGCCAGGGUCUUGCGCUAGGACAGGACAGGGUAGCCCCUGGAACGGUCCUAGAAGAAGAAGGCAGAGAUCAUCGUCUUCUGACGUCUGAUUGGGUUGAACUACAGAGACCCCCUGUCAAGCCUACUGCGGCUCAGGGCCAAUCCAGAUCUGAGGCCGGGGUAGAGGCGCAGGCACGCUAA